AUGUCUGACGAUUCUGAAGGUGUUUCAUGCGAGCUUUGCAAAAUUCGCAAAGUUCGCUGUGACCGUGGCAAGCCAUCAUGCGGCUGGUGUGUCCGGAACAGCCAAGUGUGCGAGUACAAGGAGCGCAAGAAGCCUGGGCUGCGUGCUGGUUACGGUAGAGAGCUGGAAGCUCGACUUGACAAGUUGGAGAACGUGCUACAAGCACAGCAACAGCUCCUGCAGCACUUUACUUCGGUCAUCCCCGGAUUGACUUCCCAGCAGAUCAACCACCAAUCACCCUCUGCUCUUUCUACUGCACAAUCAGUCGACCAAGGAUCUCGCUCGGAGGCUGCCCUCUAUAUGCAGCGACCCGCUUCUUACCCCUCUGUCACUUCUCCGGCUUCUGCUAUCACCAACACAGGAUUUGGUGUGCAUUCUUUGAAUAUCGCUCAAUCUGGACAACAAGGUGAAAAAUAUUCUCAGCAAUUGCAAGAUGCGCAGCAGCAGCAGCAACCACAACAUGGUACGCCACAUCCCAGGCUUGAGUCCCAUUCUGAAGCACCUUAUGCUCCGACCAAUCCGCCUCUUGAAUCUCCUAGCCUGAAUAUACCAGGCUCAGGUCAAAGUGGCAACCUGACAAACCCCCAGAUGCAGAUCCCCAAUCAGAUGGCCACUAGCCAAGAUGCGGAACUUCCACCAUACGACCUUCUAUAUUCGCUUGUCGAUCUGUUUUUCAAGCAUGUCAACACGUGGGCCCCGAUCUUGCACAGGCGCAGCACUCUAGAUUCUCUUUUUGGAACUUCCAGUCUUGAAGAGGCCGAUAGGAUCCUCUUGCAUGCCAUUGUUGCGACAACACUGAGAUUUUCGAACGACGUUCGUUUGACAGAACAAGCUCGAGAGCGAUACUACUCGAACUCAAAGCAGAAAGUAUUGCUUUACGGACUCGAAAACAGCUCCGUCAAAGCGUUACAAGCUUUGGUCAUCCUAGCACUGGAUAUUGUCGGAUGCUCGAAUGGCCCGCCUGGUUGGAAUCUUCUUGCUCUGAUCGCACGUAGUGUCGUGCAACUAGGUCUAGCAGUCGAGACUACUUCAACGUCUGUAUCUCCUCUAUAUCCUUCGAUCUACACUCUCCGCGCAAUGGUUCUUCCAGAGUCAAACGAUUGGAUUGAAGACGAGAGUCGCCGGCGUCUUUUCUGGAUGGUGUAUCUCCUUGACCGCUACGCAACAAUAGCCACAGCUUUCGAAUUCGCGCUCGACGAUAAGGAGAUUGAUCGCAAGCUGCCAUGCAGGGAUGAUCUUUUCGCGAGAAAUCAACCAGUCGAAACCCGAUGGUUCCACACGUCGGAGAGGACUGAUUACAGCAUGAACAAACCAGAGAAUCUUGGAUCUUUCAGCUACUAUAUUGAAAUUGUGGGUAUCUUGUCAAGAAUACACCGCUUUUUGAAGAAACCGGUCGACAUUGGCGAUCUGUCGGACGUUGAGCAGUGGCAGCGUGAAUACCGCGAACUCGACAGUGCUCUCAACAGUUGGAAGUUCACACUUCCUGGUGAAUACGGGAACAUGGCGCGCUUAUUCAACCCCAACGGCAGCAGCAAGAUUGUCAAUUGCGUAUGGAUUAUGCUGCACAUCACUUAUCACACUGCCGUAAUCCGCUUACAUUCUUCUGCUGCAUAUCCAACCACAAGGUCGCCGAUUUUCACACCGUCAUUCAGUGCUAGCCAGAGAUGUCACACCGCUGUCGAAGAUAUUUGUUCUCUCUGCACUUACGUCAGAAACAACAAUAUGAUCACCAACCUUGGACCACAUUUUGCCUUUUCGAUAUGGGUCGCUGCUCGCUUGCUGCUCGUUCAUGGCUCGACAAUCGAUCACCAGGUCAAUCCAGCUAUAUAUCCUCUUGUCGAAACAUUGAGGGAUAUGGGUCGUUACUGGAACGUGGCGGAAAGAUAUGCCACCUUGCUCCAGCGUGUACUCGAUGAGUAUAGUGAGUCUGAACGCAUCCCUGUCGGCGCAAAUGGCGAAAGAGUCACACCAUCGACCGUAAGAAUUCUCGCGGAUAUGAGACGGUGCGCCUACGAUCUAGACUUUUUGAUUUCCAGGCAACCACGACAGCAAUACGGUGGUGGAAAGCAGCAUGCAAUCACCCCCGCACGUACACCAGCUCCACAAGAUUUGGAAUAUCUAGACGUCUUCGACUUCUUCAACAUGCCUCGUCUUCCUGUUCCCAACGACACAUCAAUCACGGCGGCCGGGAGCGGCGGAGAUUUCCAAACUCCGGACCUGGGAACGAAUAGCGAGUUCAACAUCACCAACUUCAUGCUUGAUCCAACUUCUGACUGGUUCGUCCGAAAUCCUGGUACUUAG